GCAGCAGCAGUAGUCAGUCAGUCACACCCUGUCUGGGGACACUGAACGGACCCUGUGCACCGAGCAGCAUGAACUUUUCUUCCUUUGCGUGUUGCAGUGUUUCAUAUACCCACAUGUUAGCCACAGACCUCUGAAUCGCAGCUUCUCAUCACCAGUUUGAGUGAACUGGGAAGUGUUGGACUGGAUUAUGACUGACUCAUCAUCAUGGCACGACCAGAGGAGAUAACCCUGAACAGUCAGUCUGCUGCAGUCUCAACUAGAUAGACAGCUAAGUUACUUGCAAGCUCAAUCGUUUUUAUUAUUAUUAUUAUUAGUAUUUUUUUUAUUAUUAUUAGUAACAGUAAACGUGGCAUUAUGAAUGCACCGAUGUAUACAUUUGUUACCCGGGACGACAACAGCUCUGUUUACGCAGAAGUUUCCAAAAUCCUCCUCUCGACUGGACAAUGGAAGAGGCUGAAAAGAGACAAUCCCAGAUUCAACUUGAUGCUCGGAGAACGUAAUAGAUUACCCUUCGGCCGUCUGGGCCAUGAACCUGGACUGGUGCAGCUGGUAAAUUACUACAGAGGCGCUGACAAACUCUGCAGGAAGGCAUCCUUGGUCAAACUAAUAAAGACCAGUCCAGAGCUGUCUGACUCCAGUAACUGGUUUCCUGAGUCCUACAUCAUCUAUCCGACUAACCUCAACACCCCCGUUGCCCCAGCUACAAAUGGCAUUAGCCAUCUGAAGAACAACCCCAAGACUGAUGAGCGGGAAGUCUUCCUGGCUUCCUAUAACACUAAAAAGGAGAGUGGGGAGGGUACAGUGUGGAUAGCCAAGUCCUCUGCUGGAGCUAAAGGUGCUGGUAUUUUGAUAUCCCACGAUGCUAAUCAGCUGCUGGAGUAUAUUGAUAAUCAGGGACAGGUUCAUGUAAUUCAGAAGUACCUGGAGAAGCCCCUGCUCCUGGAGCCAGGACAUCGGAAGUUUGACAUCAGGAGCUGGGUGCUGGUGGACCAUCAGUACAACAUCUAUUUAUACCGGGAGGGCGUGCUGCGGACUUCAUCGGAGCCCUACAACAGCUCCGACCUCCAGGACAUGACCAGCCACCUGACCAACCACUGCAUCCAGAAGGAGCACUCCCAGAACUACGGCCGCUACGAGGAGGGCAACGAGAUGUUCUUCGACGAGUUCAGGCUGUACCUGCUGAACACUCACAACAUCACCCUGGAGACCUCCAUAUUACCUCAGAUCAAGCAGAUCAUCAAGAGCUGUCUGACGUGUAUCGAACCUGCCAUCAGCACUAAGCACCUGUCCUACCAGAGCUUCCAGCUCUUUGGGUUUGAUUUCAUGGUGGACGAGAGCUUCAAAGUGUGGCUCAUCGAGAUCAAUGGAGCUCCAGCCUGUGCACAGAAACUCUAUCCAGAACUAUGUCAAGGCAUCGUGGAUGUUGCCAUUUCCAGCAUCUUCACCCUCAGCAGCGGCAGCGACCCGCCGUCCGCCUCCUCCUCUCCGUACUCCUCCUCCCCGUCCUCCAUGUUCACCACCAACUCCUGCUCCUCGCCCAAACUGAGGGGGCCUCUCCACGUGGGCCCGUUCACUCGACUGUAAGCACACGCACGCCAACAUGUCCCCAAACGUCUGUCCUGUGCUAGAAGCUUCUUCCAUGCUCUGUCCUCACUCCUAAACCGCACCUGAGAAGUAGCACAUCCCACCAAGUCAGGCCGUCCGUUGAGCCUCGCCUGUCUCGGCUGGAGGGGAGAUUUCUCCUUAUGGCGUUCACUGAACCUGCAGAAAUAACCUCUCGCUGUCCAGAUUAUGCAUAGAAGACGACGACGUGUUUACUAGAUGUUCUGGGAGUUUCCCGAAUGACGACCCUGCAAAUUCAGUUUCGCCACCAGAUUCUCCCCAAGCAGGUUAAUGGAGGUGUGAAGGAUGCAGAGACGCUCCAACUGAGACUGUAGUGCCUUACAUUUCCAACCAUGCUCCCUUAAAAAGACUGCCAGUUCGCUUGCUCUGUCACAGUGACUUGUACUUGUUCUAUCUAGUUCUAUAAGCCUUUGCACUGUUGCUCCAUAAAAUCUGAAUGGUCAAGAUCAGUCCACAGGAAAUAUUAUUAAAACAGGUCUCUUCAUAUUUGAGAUCUUUGUGAACUUUGAUGGUUUUUUCCUCAUCAGGCACUUUUCUUGUUUUUUUUUUGUUUUUUUGUUGUUGUUGUUUUUUUUUUUAUAGCUGUAUCUUUAUAUUACUUUUACUAACCCCAUGUGUCUGAUGAGGUAAAUACUCAAGAUGUCAAGGUUUGCCUUGAAGUACAACAUUUCUCCUCACUCAAUCAUGUGGAUACUACAUUCACCGAUCAGGCAUAACAUUAUGACCACCUUACUAAUAUUGUGUAGGUCUCCUUUUGUGCCUCCAAAACAGCUGUGACUCAUUAUAGAGUAGACAUGGGCCUUCUGAGGG